AUGAAGCUUUCUCUGUAUUAUUCCUUUGCCCUGAUGCUCGUGGUGUCCUUUGGGGCGGCCAUCGAAGCAAGAAAUCCAACAAUCACGACAGUCACUGUGACCGUCACUGCGACUCCCUCCAAGACCACGACUUCCAAGACCACAGUUUCGAACACUAAGACAACGAAGUCCACGUCAACCAAAACAACCCUCGUGACCACAACUUCAAGCACGACGAAAUCCUCAUGUGCCCCAACAGCGCCGGCUGGGACUCAGAGCCUCUAUGGUCAAUGCGGCGGCCUGAACUACUGCGGCCCCACAAAUUGCCCCAAAGGGGCGUACUGUCGGGAUGGUUUGUUGGAUGACAACCCCUUCUACUCUCAAUGUGUCGCAAGCAGCACUAAGGUAUCUGACCCAGUCGUCACCAGCACCAUCACGACUACCAUCACGGUUGAGCCUACGACCACUACAUCCCCAGGGAUUACAUACAUUACAGUGACAACGACGGUUACGGCUACUUCCUAG